GAUCCGACUCUUCGUUAUUAAGCGCCGCAAGUUAACGUCGGCGACCGCCAUUGUUAACCCUUUGAUUGCCUACAAUUGUCCGUCUGGUAACAAUCGUAUUGGCGUUGCGGAUUAUUCUGGAAUACAACUGCCGUUUUGAUCUUCCAAAAUGCCGUCCAAACAGAACCCCGUGCCAAAUUUGGAUCUCUCUGCGACCAAGAUGAACAAGGAUCUGCGGAAUCCUGGGUCUCAGAGUGCCGAUGCCUUAAAGCCCGAUUCAUCGCUCAGUCCUCUCACUCCCCGCUCCCCGAAAUCGUCUCCUUCGUCACCUCUCUCAAUAGCCAAGGGCUCGACGAUUCGCCCUGUUUCCAGACGCUCCCAAACAGAGGCUUCCAUGACCGCCCCUCUGUCGCCUGGCCAGACCCCAGAGCCCCCUACUCCGGGAUUGACUGCUAUGCCCCAGUAUCCGUCAUCACCUAGGGAUACUAGGCACAGUCGAGACCCAUCUCGAUCCUUCUUUUCCAACCUAAAGGCCUCACGGUCCUCCCACAAAAUCAGCAAUUCUGACAGCUCAGGGCUGUCGGCCGACCAGCCGUCGAAAAGUCGCGCGAGUUCUCGUGAUCGAUCGCGUCCGAUGGCGCGAAAGAACGGAUCGACGCCAGAUCUGCUGGAGUCCGCUAGUCGAACAGGAAAAGAGGAUACCUCCGAUGAUCAGGGCGGGCCCCUGGGAGAAGACGCAAAAAUUGGAGCUGAGUCUAUGCAGGGUCCAACCUUGAAGAAGAGCAAGCCGAGAUUUGCGAACUUAUUGUCUCGCACGCGGUCGGUCCGAGUAGAUGAUAAUUCUGCUCCCAGAAGCGCGGGUCCUCGUCGGCCAUCCAAUGCAACUCUUCUGAGAGUCACUGAAAGUAAAGAAGAGAUCCCCCAGUCUCUCAAAUCAGCUCCUUUGCGUCAGGAUAGAAGCUUCACAGACAUAGCCGACUCAACAUCUCGAAGUCGCGCGGUCGAUCGUCCAACGGAAAAUCGCCCACAAACCAGCCGCCGCGACCGGAACCAGGCGUCCAUGGUCACCUCCGCGUCGUUCAGUCAAGUCUCCGGUGCAUCCGCCGCUCUCUUCAACAACAUUAAACAUAGCUCAAGUGGAGCCGCCGACAGACUGGGCAAAGCGAGCAAAGGUUUCCUCGGGAAGAUUACCAGGAGCGGAAGCACCAAUGAGCGGGAUGUCGGCUUGGACGACAAUUAUGUUUGCUCUGUCAUUAACCUUCCCCUGAUCGAGCAAACCCGGAAAACACGAAUCUCGAAACGAUUGGAAGACUGCAGGGACAAGACAGAAUUUUGGAUGCCUGCUCUUCCCUAUCGCUGCAUCGACUACCUAAACUACAAGGGAUGUGAAGAAGAGGGUCUUUAUCGGGUGCCCGGCAGUGGCAGAGAAGUCAAGUACUGGCAACGCAGAUUUGAUUCGGAGGGGGACAUUAACUUGUUCGACGAGCCGGAGUUGUAUGAUAUCAACACUAUCGGCUCCAUGUUCAAAGCCUGGCUGCGAGAACUACCUGACGAAAUAUUCCCGAAGAAGACGCAACAGAUGAUCGCAGACAAAUGCGAAGGUGCCACCACUGCUCCGCAGCUAUUGAAGGACGAGCUGUCAAAGCUUCCUCCUUACAAUUAUUACCUACUAUUCGCGAUCACUUGCCAUUUGAAUCUUCUACACUCAUAUGUGGACCAGAAUAAAAUGGACUACCGGAAUUUAUGCAUCUGCUUUCAGCCGUCCAUGAAAAUUGAUGGGUUCUGCUUCCAAUUCCUUGUUUGUGACUGGAAGAACUGCUGGCAGGGAUGCUGGACAGAGAAGGAAUGGGCCAAAAUCGAAAAGGAGGAGCUCGAAAAGGCACAGCAAAACAGUGCUCAGGAAGCAAAACAGGACCAUACCCGCAACGGCACCAAAUUCAGUCAACGUGAAGCCCAAUUCACUACUUCCGACGAGCGUGCGAUUUCGUCUUCUGGAAGCAGUCAGGCUGGUCAAUCGGAUGAAACCCCAGCUUCUUCUUCUCAUCAAAAAACCCCUCCUCGCAAACACCGUCCCGCAAACCUCGAGAGCACUCCUUCUCGACACGAGCGCAGCAUCUCGCAGUUACCCGAGUUGGGACCUCCCUUGUCACCGAUCAAGAUCUAAACAGUUUGUCCCGCAUAUAUAUGCCUAAGCCAGCGACGAUUUUGAUAUCUAUUUUUUGCCAUACUUCGUGUGCAUAGCUUUUUUUACACUUUUUUUAUCUUUGUGUUUGUUUCUAUGCUAGUCUUGGAGCGUCCUCCAUUCAUGCAUUAGAAAUCUUGAUUCAGUCCUUCCCAC